UGCUUGUUUUAUUUUUGCAUAUGUAUACUUUUUAAUUCAAGCAUUAAGUCAUUUGAAAACCUGUAGCUGGAAGGUGGGUUAUUUCACAUUCUUGUUAACAUUUGGCAGUGAAGUGGAAGUACAGAUUUAUUGUUGUUGUCCCCUAUAUCACAUAUGGUCCAAUCGCUACAUGUACGACUCAACAUUAUUCAAGAAUUUAUGAGACAUGCGCAUAAAUGGUUAUUCAUUCUUGAAUUGCCUUCGUCAUUCAAAGGUUAAUCAGGAGCUUUUCGGUAAUUUGGACUGUCCUUCCCAAGAUGCAGUCAUUUUAAUCUGCUCUGCUGUGUUUGCCUUAUUUGCGCAUGGCUGGGAGUGACGUCACACCUGUGACGUGUCAGGUGUGUGUCAGGUAGUGGUGGUGGUGGGUUUUUUCCACGACGGGGUGUGUAUACUAGAGUGGAGUGUAGUAUAAUAGAGUAUAGUAUAGGGGCAGUGGUGGUAGUGGGAGUGAAAAAAAAGAGGCAAAACGUCGGCUUGUAAAGUCGAGUGGGACAGCUCGAAAAGAGCUCUUUGUCGCCCAAAACGAACCAAUGGGUGAGCGGGAUUUGCCCCCAAAACGGACCAAUGGACGGCCCCCAAAACGGACCUAUCCGCGCGCGAGAAUGGUUGGAGAUGGAGAUGGAAAUCAUACAGGUGAAGGGAAGAAGAAGAAGCCGUUUACCUGCAUGAUGUGCGCCAGGGACUUCAGUCGGUGGGACGACUGGCUGCGUCACCAGCAGACGCACCACCACCCCUCACCACCAUGCACACCACCAACCCCAGAAAAAAGGGUUCACCUGCCCAACCUGCGGGCGGGCGUUUUCCCGACGGGAGCAUUUGGUGCGCUGCCAGCGGGAGCAUGGAAAAAAACAACGAGCGUGUGUGCGAUUGCCUGUGGUAAAACUUUUUACCGAUUGUGGGACUGGCGUGUCCAUCAACGUGGGGAACAGGGCCAGGAGCCGCUUUCAUCGCUACAACAACAGCAGUCAGAAAAGCAGAAAUUGUAAGUGCAUCUCCUGAAGAGUAAGCCCAAACGCGGCGUCUUCAGAUAGCGUUCGGAUUUGUCACUGAUUCCUUACAGCCAUGGUCGAUCCCAGAAUCAAGCCUAUAGUAAUCAAGGCGGGUGUGGUCACCAGAAGGUGGUUUUGCACGUGGGGAACCUUAUGUCGACAACUACAGAAGACAAAAUUAGAAAGCUGUGCAGUCAAGUUGUGGGAAGAGACAACGCUGUGGGAAGAGUAAAGAAGAUAAGAGAUUAUGCAUUCAUUCGUUUUAGCGACAAAGAUGCUGCUAUCAAGGCCAUGGCUAAACUUAAUGGAAUGAAUGUUGAAGGUGCUUACAUUGAGGUUGCAUGGGCAAAAGGAAGAGAGCAGAACCGACACUUGGGUGAGGUUGAUAGAGCAUACAACAGAGGCUCGGAAGCGUUGAAAUCUUGGAAGCAGAAAGAAGUAUCAUCUGUCAGGUGUGUAGAAAUAUUGAAGGCCUUGGACUGCCACUUGGGUGAGGUUGAUAGAGCAUACAACAGAGGCCAGGAAGCGUUGGAAUCUUGGAAGCAGAAAGAAGUAUCAUCUGUCAGGGCUAAUCAGGACUGCCACUUGGGUGAGGUUGAUAGAGCAUACAACAGAGGCCCGGAAGCGUUGGAAUCUUGGAAGCAGAAAGAAGUAUCACCUGUCAGGGCUAAUCAGGACUGCCACUUGGGUGAGGUUGAUAGAGCAUACAACAGAGGUCAGGAAGCGUUGGAAUCUUGGAAGCAGAAAGAAGUAUCAUGUGUCAAGGCUAAUCAGGACUACCACUUGGGUGAGGUUGAUAGAGCAUACAACAGAGGCCAGGAAGCGUUGGAAUCUUGGAAGCAGAAAGAAGUAUCAUAUGUCAGGGCUAAUCAGGACUGCCACUUGGGUGAGGUUGAUAGAGCAUACAACAGAGGCCCGGAAGCGUUGGAAUCUUGGAAGCAGAAAGAAGUAUCACCUGUCAGGGGCUAUGGCUAUGAUCCUAGUUACUCGCCUCCAUUGUAUUACAACCCGAUGUCUCCACCACCCGCAAGCAGGGCGUUGGCAGGGCGAGGUCCCAUGGGCAUCAGAAGCCCUGUGCGAGGCCGAGGGAUGAUGCUGAGGGGGUGUGGCUUUAGGAAACAUCCAGCGGAGGUGCUCGAUGACCUUUGUCAGAAGAAUGGAUGGGGAAGUCCUGUAUACCAGCUUCAUUCUCUCAUGGGAAGGGGUGGAAGUGGUGCCCAACAGCUCUUAGAGCUCUUUUUGUACAAGAUCACCAUACCAGCUCUCGGUACUCAGUUUCCAAAUCGUAAUCCAUUUACCCCAAAUAAACUGUGUCCUACUGUUGAGGGGGCAAAGGUUUUUGCAGCAGAGUACACUUUGAUGCAGUUAGGUGUGCCUCUUGAAGCCCUAGAGUUCAUUAGCCCACCAUGUCCUUACACCCAGCCGAGCUAUGCCAACCACCCCGACCCACCUGUGGAACGCUUCCAACAGAUCCUGUGAAAAGCCAUGGAUGACCUGGUUUUUUUCUGUUUUUUUUCUCUCAUUUCUGAUAACCAAUAUGACCCUGGGCUAGAAAGGGGCGUGACCUUGGACGAGAUGCCCGUAUCAGAGUGGACUUGUUAAAUGACUUCUUCCUUCUUCGAAUCUUCUUGUUCCCGGAGUUGUAACGGGUCACAUGUGAUGUAAAAUAUCAGAUGAAA